GCUUUAUAAACACCGUACAAUGAGGCACCACUGUUAAAACCGGUUCUCUGUAAAUUAAUUUUUAUAAUUAUUGUUUGCAUAAUUUUUUAUAGUUAUUCGAAUAAUUAUAAAGAAGAUGGAGAUAGAUGAAUCAACUAAAGAAGAUACUGUCGAGGUUAUUAGGGAAAGUGUGAGAGAAUUGGUUCACACGGAAAGAGAGAAAAAUCGUACGGAAACAUGGAAUAAAAAUCGUGUGGCUUUAGGAAACAUUAUGACGAAUUCGUCAUUUACAACAGAGUUCGUUGUUGAAAAAGCAAAAGCUCUUAAAAAGAGAACAUUAUCUAUCGAAGAGUAUGGUCAACUCCAAAACGCUCUCCUUCAGAGCGAGGACAAUGUUAAUUCUUUUUUAAAAGUGAACAAUAUCUUAUUUGCCUUGGUACGUGAUUUAUCUAGUAAUAAUAAUGCAUUGCAAUUAUGUGCUGCUAGCUGUUCCUGUAAUAUAGCACUUGGAAAUACUAAAGCAUGUACUGCAUUAACCAAAAGCAUUGGACCAUAUCUUGUUACAAAAUUAGAUACUUUAAACUAUCCUCUAUUGGAAGUUUGUAUAUGGACGAUGGGAAAUCUGAUUUCGGGAAGCAAUAAAGCAUUUGAAAUUUUCCAUGCCCAAGAUUGCUUAAAAUAUAUUAUAUCUCUGAUGCAUAACUGUGAUAAGAUAAUCGUGCCUUCAGUAGCCUAUACAGCCAUGCAUUAUGUGCAUAUUGGUUUUAAAUACAUCCAAGAUAAUGAGAUGAUUGAACUUGCUAAUGCUACUAUAAGAAGAACUCUUUCAUUUGAAGAUCCAUACCUUAUUUGGUUGCUAGCAUUAUUAUCUUCGCAACAAUCUUGUAACUCCUCUGUAUAUAAUGUAGUACCUUUGAUAGUGGAUUAUUUGUAUGAAAAUAAUACAAACAACUUCACAUUUAUUACAGCAUGUAUAAGAAUAUUGGCCAAUACUGUGCAAGAAACAUCCGGACAAUUGGCAAAACUUCUAUUAGAAAAUCCAAAAUAUUCCCAAUCAGAUUUAGAGAUAUUGAUCAAUAGAUUACUUUCAUGCCAAUAUAUACAUAUCAGAAAAGAAACAUUAUGGUUAAUAGGUAAUCUUUAUAAUCACAAUUCUUUUGACAUUAAGAGAAUGACAGAAAACAUCAUUCCUCGAUUGUCAUUCUUGAAACAAGCAAUUUUAUCUACAACUCAGCAGUAUCAAUAGGUACUGAUUCAACUAAUCGAGCAGGAAUCGUGUAAGCUUUAUAAUUAUUAUAUUUACAUGUGUAUAAUAUUUAUACAACAGUAAAUCUCCCUUCCCAAUUUCACACUUUAUGUUAGCGACGGUAUAAAAAUAUGAAAAUUGUUGGUAUCACUUUGCAAUGUUCUAUUCGUUUUAAUAAUUCAUUUGAACAGGAAUAAAUCGUCGUCCUAUUCUUA